AUGAAUAAUUCAAUUCAUUCAUCAGUAUCAACGUCAUCGGACGUUGUUAUUUUACCUUCAAUUAAUAAUCAUAUUAAUUAUAAUCAUAGUGAAUCAACAAAUAAAUCUCUUAAACGUAGUCGAUCUCCAAGUUUAACACGAGAUGAUAAUAAUGAAAGUAAUCAUUCAGCUAUAACUACAGAUACAUCAACGAAGAAAAGUCGAAAAAAACGAACAACAACUGACAUUGAUCAAAGUUUAGGGCGACAUUUAUCUGCUGAUAAAUUACAUAUCUAUAGAUGGCCAACAGGUGAACCACAUGCUGAUUUACAUGUAUUACAAGAACAAAUAUGUGAUUAUUUAUCACUUAAAUCAUUUAAACGAAAAUAUCCUGACAUUUAUCGACGAAUUGUUGAUUUACAUGAACGAGAAUAUUUAAAAUCUCAAAAUGUUGUUACAGAAACACAAUGUGAUCUUGGUUUAACAGCACUUAAACUUGAUGAAGUUUUAGAACUUAUGUCAACUGAUUAUCCAGAAAAAUGUCACCAAUUUAAUCAUGUAUGGCAACAAAAACGUCGUUCACUUGUUGGAACCAAUAAGAAUGGUACUGUAACAUCAGUUUUAUCUAUAUCAAAUAUAAAUCAAUCAUCAAUAUCUACAUCAAAUACUCAAACAAUUAAUUCAUUUGAUAAUCUAGACAAAAAUCGGGUUUCUAAAUUUCGACAAGAUUUAUUACGUUCAACAGUUGAUUAUAAUACACAAUUACAACGAGAACGACUUCAAGAUCGUAAAGCAUGUUUUGAUCUUCAAACUAUGCAAAUACAUUAUCCUGCAAAUAGACAAUUUCGUUUACCAUCUUAUUUAACAGAAGUUGGUUCUUAUCCGUUAGCACUUUUACCUGGACAAUAUCAAGAUUCUUAUAAAAAAUAUAACUCCGAUGAAUUAAAUUAUAUGCCAAUUAAUACAGCACUUUAUUAUUAUCCUAAACCACUUUCACUUGUUCAUACUGAACGAUUUUCACAGCAGAUUGCAUCAAGUGAUGAAGAAGAUGAAAGUUGUUCAACAACUCGUCCUGUUCUUAUCAAUAGUUCAACUCAACAACGUCCAUCAACACCACAAUCACCUGUAAUAGUCAAUGGAAUUGGUGGUAAUACUAUAUCAUCAUCAUCAUCAUCAUCUCGUCUAAGUAAACCAUCAACAUCGAUUUCUAUGAAUAGUCAUUCAAGUAUAUGUCAUACAUGUAAAUUACCUCAAGAUGAACAUGAUGAAGAAUUAGUUACAUGUACUAGUUGUCAACAUAAUUUUCAUCCAACUUGUCUUGAAGCUAAUAAUGAUAUGUUAACUAUUAUCAAAACAUAUCCAUGGCAAUGUAUUGAUUGUAAAAGUUGUGCUAAAUGUAAUAAAACACAUGAUGAAGCUAAUAUGAUGUUUUGUGAUCGAUGUGAUCGUGGUUAUCAUACUUAUUGUGUUGGUCUCGAAGCCAUUCCAGAUGGAUCAUGGCAAUGUUCAGUUUGUGAUCCACCUAUGCCAACACCUCCUCCUCCCCCUCCAUCACAUUCACCCGUAUCAACUAUUAAAGGAAAACGUGGUCGACCUUCAAGUAGCAGUCGUUUAUCUCCUCAACAAUCAACAAAUUCUUCUAAAACUGAAAGUAGUGUUCCUACACGUGUUUCAUCACGUCGUAGUCGUAAAAUAAUAUCAACACCAUUAUCACCAUCAACUAAUAUGAAUCAUUCAUCAAAUUCAUCUUCGAAUGAUUUAUCUACGAUGAACAGUUCUUCUAUGAAUCUCAUACUUGCACGACAUCAACAACAAUGGACUCCGACUUCACCAAUUACAACAGAAAUAAAAAGUAAAACCUAA